GGCUGAAUCCUGCCCCAGUGCGUCACAUUAGCUGACUGAACACUGGCUGUUCCCACAACGAUGAGUACACCAAUCCUGUGGUUGGUAAAACAAGCUUGCUUUCACUUCUCCCCUGUGGUGUGCUGCCUGCAUCACACAAAGAGGCUUUGGAAGCCUGCUAUAAUCCUCAGGCCCCGGGCGCAGCAGUCCAACUGCAGACUGCAAUCUAUGCAGAGCAGCUGGAAUUCUCUGAGAGCUUAAGGACAGCCUGGCCUACAGAGUGAGUUCUAGGCCAUCCAGGGUUUCAUAGGUCCUGCCUCAAACAAACAUGUAACUUGAUGGAAUGAAAAUUUACAAGUUUACAAGCAUCCAGGCACAGCUGGACCUGGUGGGGGUUCUCUGUGGUUCCAUGCUUUCUGGACUCCUGCCUGCUGGCUGGAGCUGCUGACAGGCCUGACAUCUUCUGCAACCUCCAGCAUCAGGACAAAGAAAGCCGCCUCAAACCUUCCAAAUCACUUCCUCUUGGCCCAGGAACAAUGGCUGCCAUGUCAGAAGACUCUUGCGUCAACUUCAAGGAAAUGAUGUUUAUUGACAACACGCUUUACUUUAUACCUGAAGAAAAUGGUAAAGUAUAAAUUUAUUUUUCUUUCUUUGCAAAUUAGAAGGCACUUGAGACAUAUCUGCUGUCAGCUGGGAGAAACUGUCCAUAGGGUUGUUUCCUAGGUAGAUAAUCAUUACAGUUAUAUUAAAUUCAUGUGGUGAGAGCAUAAUAAAACUAUAAUUCCUCCACUGAUGGACUUAUAAGUUGUUUCCAUCUUACGACUUUUGUUUACAGCACCCUUGUGGGAUUCUUGGAGAUUUCAGCUGUUCGGUUUGGUUUGAUACUCAUUCAGUAGGCUGGCCCAGAAUUCACUAUAUUACCUGAACUGGCCUCAACUUUUCGAUCCUCCUGCCUUAGCAUCCUGAGUACCAGGAUCACAAGUGUGCAGCAUUCUUAGACAACAGUGUUAGCACAAUGGGUCUGAACUACCUGUUCAGGAUAAAAUCUAGGAAGCAGAAAUGCCAGGUUGACAACAGAGAAGGAAGAGCUGGCAAAUCAAAGCUUGAAGCCGCUACACGAAGUACAAGUGGGCUCUCCCUUAGACGCUCGGACACUUUUCCAGUAUUUUUCUUUAGUAAGGGAAAAGAACUGGUCUAGUGUGGUGGCAUGCACCUUUUAGCCCACUUAGGAGGCAGAGGCAGGCAGAUCUCUGAGUUUGAAGCCGGCUUGGUCUACAGAGCAAGGUCCAGGACAGCCAAGACUACACAGAGAAACCCUGUCUCAAAAAAGAAAAGAGACAGGGGGUGGGGGUCAGGGGAGGGAAGGAGAAGAAGACAGGGCCAGGAGACGAAUGGGAGGGCUUUGUAAGGUCUGAGAACGUGGACAGCGUGAGUCAAAAUGUAAGGAAACAAAAGGGCAGGAGGCUGGUCAGACAGUAAGACAGUGGAACCUCUGGCCGGAGAGUAGCUCCAAGCACAAACAGGAAACAGAGUGUCUUAGAAGCGGAUGAAUGCAGCAGUCAGCUUGAUCAUUGCUGCACCUAGAGGAGACCUGGAAUCAGACAACUUUGGCCGACUUCACUGUACAACCGCAGUAAUACGGAAUAUAAAUGACCAAGUUCUCUUCGUUGACAAAAGACAGCCUGUGUUCGAGGAUAUGACUGAUAUUGAUCAAAGUGCCAGUGAACCCCAGACCAGACUGAUAAUAUACAUGUACAAAGACAGUGAAGUAAGAGGACUGGCUGUGACCCUCUCUGUGAAGGAUAGUAAAAUGUCUACCCUCUCCUGUAAGAACAAGAUCAUUUCCUUUGAGGAAAUGGAUCCACCUGAAAAUAUUGAUGAUAUACAAAGUGAUCUCAUAUUCUUUCAGAAACGUGUUCCAGGACACAACAAGAUGGAGUUUGAAUCUUCACUGUAUGAAGGACACUUUCUUGCUUGCCAAAAGGAAGAUGAUGCUUUCAAACUCAUUCUGAAAAAAAAGGAUGAAAAUGGGGAUAAAUCUGUAAUGUUCACUCUCACUAACUUACAUCAAAGUUAGGUGGGGAGGGUUUGUGUUCCAGAAAGAUGAUUAGCACACAUGCGCCUUGUGAUGACCUCGCCUGUAUUUCCAUAACAGAAUACCCGAGGCUGCAUGAUUUAUAGAGUAAACACGUUUAUUUGUCGCA